AUGGAUUCGUCGGUUCACGGUGAUAACUACGAACGAGGUGCGAAACGGAAAUAUGCUGGAGAUGGGCCUGAUACAAGAGAUCCUGGUAAACUCGCUACUACCGCUGGCCAUGAUUUAUCUCCGGCAAUGGAUGAUCAUUAUUACAAAACCCUCUAUCUAGAGGAACCCGACUUCCACCUGCUGGGACAGCGUGAUCCAGCAUUCAAGGCUGUGUUGGAACGAGGCUCGCACCUCGAUUUUGCUAAUCCCAAGUCCGUCAUGCAACUUACUAAGACCCUUUUGAAACUGGAUUUCGGCUUGCUGGUCGACUUGCCCACCGACCGCCUCUGUCCUCCAGUACCUAAUCGUCACAAUUAUAUUCUUUGGCUGAAGGACCUUAUCGACUCUACCUCUCCCUUGUGCCUGGAUUCCGCUGAGCCAACCCGGCAAGUGGCGGGACUCGACAUAGGCACCGGCGCCAGUCUCAUCUACCCACUUUUAGGCUGUGUUCAGCGACCAUCGUGGUCGUUCAUCGCUACCGACGUAGACCCAAAAUCACUAGCCUACGCUCGUAAGAACGCUCAGCUCAACAAUAUGGGCCUACGAAUACGUGUAGUCCAUCGGAAUAUCGCGGAUUGUCUCAUCCCUUUGGUUGAGCUUGGUCUAGAAACCAUCGACUUCGCCAUGGUUAAUCCUCCUUUUUAUACAUCUGAGGCCGAACUGGUAGACCUAGCUAGUCAAAAAUCCCGGCCCCCAAAUAGUGCAUGUACGGGGGCACCGGUAGAGAUGGUAUGCGCUGGGGGUGAGGUUGGCUUCAUCCGGCGAAUCAUCGACGAGUCUUUAGUCUUGAGAGAAAAGGUGCAGUGGUACACAGCUAUGCUCGGUAAGCAGUCGAGCUUAGAAAUCCUCGUUGACGUCCUCAAGGGUCACGGUGUGACCAAUUAUGCCAUAACCGCGUUCAUCCAAGGAAACAAGACUCGUAGGUGGGCCAUCGGGUGGAGUUUCCAGAGUAGGAGGCCGAGUUUGUCGGCGAGUAGGGGCUGUGAACCUUCGGCUGGAAAGAGGAUUUUACCUUUCCCCACCGAAGCAACGGUUGCUUCAUGGCCGAUAUCUCGAGUUAAACCCGAGAAGCUCGAGCGGGUCGUCUGUGAUAUGAUGGAGGAUAUUGACUUUGCGUUGUGGUUCUGGGACAGGUCACACUUCAGAGGCACUGGCUUUGCUGAAGGAAACGUGUGGAGUCGAGCUCACCGGAGGAAAAGGGCGAGGACAAAGGAAAACACGAACUCAAAUGACGAAGAGAGUACCAGAACUAACACAUCAUCCUCACAAGAAAUGCAUCAUCACCGAACGACCGAGCACGAUUUCGCUCAUUGUGCAUUCGGCUUUUCCCUGACUAUUCAGGUCUCAAAGGAUAGAAAAAAUAGCCAAGAUCAGAGUGUAAUCGUGGCUCGAUGGCUGCAGGGAAACGAUUAUGCCUUAUUCGAGAGCUUCACAGGUUUACUUCGAAAAUCCAUGCGUUUAGAAUGA